AUGCAAACUCCAGACUCCUCAGUGACAAACGUUCAUUUGAAUACUGCAUACCUAAAUGAUGACGAUAUUGAGAAUGAGCUGGAGCAAAUAUUUGGGCUUCCUGAUAAUCCAGACGAAUCGGAAGAUGAGUACGAGGGCGAAGAUAGCCUAGAAAUCGGUUUAGGAGUACCUAAUAUUGAAAAUAGCGAUAGUGAAGGCGAAGAAAUCUUGCGAUCAGUCCGACCAUCACAAGUAUCUCGAACUAUUUCGGAAUCUUCCACUGACUCUUCCUCCCAUGAUGAGAAUGAAAAUGAUUGGAAAAAAGGUAGUAUGUGGCCGGACAGGCCAAAUGCAGAUAAAUAUGAUGAAGUUACCUUGAAACCUAAAGUUUUCUUUCCAAGCAGGACUUCUCCAAUGGCUUAUUUUUCGAGGUAUUUUUCUGAAGAAGUUAUUGAUCUCAUCAUUGAGCAAACUAAUUUGUAUGCCUCUCAAAAAGGCGACUUUACAUUGGGAACCGGUUAG